ACAUUUUAUUUCACAUCAUUUCAGUAUUGGUAACCUAGGCUCAUGCCAUCAUGUCAGGGCUUGGUACCAUGUCAGGGCUUGGUACUCCAGCACCUAUCGUGGAGGUGUAUCAUGAGAAAUCUAUUAUCUUACCUGAUGUGUCAAGGGUGCUUGCAUGCCUCUAUGAGAAGGAUGUCAAGUUUAAGACUUACACAACUUCUUAUAAGAGUCUACUCAGGCUGCAGGCGUCGUCACAUGCUCCAGUACCAUUCCAUGAGGGAUCUACAUUUCGAGAAGAAUCCAGAGAAAUCUGCCGUUAUAUAGCAGAAAAACAUCAAGGAUAUCCAUUCCUCCUUGGGAAGGAUGCCCUGGAGAGGGUUUCGGUUGAGCAGUGGCUCCACAACGAGGAGCACGCUUUCAACCCUCCGAGCCGGGCCUUGUUCUGCCAUCUGGCCUUUCCCUUGGACGAAGAAGAUGAUGGUGAUGAUAUUGGCAUGCAUAUAAGAAAGCUAGAAGAAGUUCUGGACGAUUAUGAGCAAAGGCUCAGUGAUAGUGAAUUCCUUGCUGGAAACAAGUUCACCCUUGCUGACCUUGUUCACCUUCCAAACUCCCACUACAUCACAGCAUCUGACGAGUUCGUCUACCUGUAUGACUCGAGGAAAAAUGUGAGGAGGUGGUGGGAUGCUAUUUCUACCCGGGAUUCUUGGCAGCAAGUACUGAGGGAUAUGAAGAGGGUGGAGGUGCAGCACAAACAAGAGGAACUCGAGAAGCAGCAGCAGUAUCAGCAGAAAGAGCAUCCUACAACCUCCGGCCACCCAAUUCAAAUAUACUCUAAGAAGCAGAUCAGCACAGAACCUCGGACAAUAUUGGUUCCUCCUGCUGAUAUUGUGUCAUCAUCUCCCACAUUUUCUCAGACAGAGAAGCCUCUUCCUACUGAUACUUUCCCCGAUGAAGCACUGGUAUCCUCAAGCCAAAGUACUCCUACUACUGAUAAAACUUCAGCUGUCCAAAGCAAGGAAACUACCAUCUUUUCUACCCCUCAAGAAACACCACCAACCUCAGUUCAAAGUGCUCCUACCACUGCUAAAAAAUCACCUAUUCCUGUCCAAAGCACAAGUAUCUUCCUUGCCCCAGUUACCUCCCCUACCACUGCCGAGAAGCCUCCAAUAGCUGAUGCUGCCAAGUCCAGCACUAAAGAUGCCUCAAGUUCUGAACCCACUGAAAUAGAUCUCCCUACUAGACACAAGCCAAGUUCGUCCAGAGAUGUUUCUAGUAAUCUUCAUGUGUUUGAUUACUACAAAACAAACAGCCAUACUGAAGAAACGCCACAUAUUGGACCUACUCCACAAAAAAAUUCGGAAACAUUGGACACAUUCUCUGAUCAGUCCAACAUUGCUGCUGGUCAUACUAAAACCAGUCCAAUAUCAGCCAAAGAAGAACCUGACCAACCCAGUGCAUCUGAUUUCUAUAAGAGUGACAACACAGCCACCGGUGUUGAUUCUCAGUACAAGCAAUCAGUUCCAUAUUCUGAGCGUACUCCGCAAAAACUUAAACCUACAGAUACUGCUACUAGCAAGCUCCACUCAACUGAUGUUCAUCAUAGGCUGCAGGCUGAGCAGUGGCAUGCUGCAACAACUGGAUUGAAUAACCUAAAGGAAGGUGCCGAUCAUUUAAUGCCUACUCAACAAGUAAAACCAAGGAAAGAGCAGUACCCCUCACAAGAUUCAGAACAAGCAACCUCAUAUCCUGUUUCUCAAGAACCAAUGAGCACGGAACUGGUUCAAGGACGAGAAAAGACAACUCAGGGACCCUACACUGAUCAGAGAAGAGAUGUUCUGUCUCCACUUUCCCAACAAACUGCUGAUGCCCGAGGAAUUGCUGAGGAUAAAGCAUCAUCUGAUCAGAGAGGGGCAUUACUGCCCCCUUCUACACAGGAGCAUCCUGCAACUCCUCCAAGGAAAGCAGCGGCUAAAGAUGCUCAGAGCACAACUCCAUCCCAAGCAGGAUAUCCAGGUGGCCGUAAAGCCAACAAGCAACCUAGAGUCCCUGGUUCCAUACCAAUACAAACAGCAGCUCAAGAUCUAGAUGAUGCGCGCCACACUGCUGCACCAUUUCAAAAGAGGUAUCCUGGAAUCGAAGAUACCACCAAGCAAGCUAAAGAUGUCAUUUCUACUCCAUGGCAAAUGACAGACCAAGAAGUUGAAGAUACCACUGAAGAAACAAAAAUUGCCGGCUCUUCAUCGUCCCGAGUGGAACCUUUGUAUUUUCAGAGAGCUGAGGCUCCUUCACGGAAGCAAGAAACAACAGAAGAUCUUCAUGAUGCAACUUCACCAAUCCAAAAAAGGCAUGCUAAUGUCGAAGAUACCACUGGACAGUCUAGGGGCAUUGCAUUUAAGCCAAAGCAAAUGAUUGGUCAAGAUGAUCAAGACACUUUCAAAGAAACAAAGUCUGGUGACCCCUCAUUGCUCAGGGAACAAUCUUCAGAUGCUCGGCAAGCUGCAACUACUCCAACAGAGCAAGAAGCAAAUCAAGAUGGUCUUAGUGUGGCUCCACCAUCCCAAGCCCAAACAAGAUAUCCAAGUGUGACUCCUCCAUCCAAAACAGGAUAUCCAAUUGCUAAAGAUGCCAGCAAGCAAUCUAGAGGGACUGCUUCAACACCUAGGCAGAAAGCAACCCAAGAUGAUAAUGACACCUCUGAAGAAUCAAAGACUGCCAAUGAAGUAGCAUCAACUGAGGAGCCUUUAAAUGCUUGGGGAGCACCUAUUGCUCCACGAAGACAAGAGAUCGAAGAUUCUACUAAGGAAACAUCAUUCCAAAAGAGAUAUCCUUAUGUUGAUGGUGGUAAAGAUACCUUUGAAGAAACAAAACUUGCUGACUCUACACCAACAAGUGCAAAACCUAUGUAUACCCAGCAAGCUGCUCUUCCUCCUCCAAGACAUGCAGAAGUUGAAGAUGCUCGGGAGAAAGACAGGCAAAGUAAACCACAGAAAAUGGUGGCAAGAGAUGCUCAAGACGCACAUGGAGAAAGGAAGACUGGUACACCUGGUGAGCAACCUUCAGAUCGUCUGCAAGCUAUUCCUCAAUCAAGGCCAGCAGCAGCUAAAGAUGCCCGUGGUGCAACUGGUGAGUCAAUACAGUUUCUGGAUAUUCUUGACUCUACCAAGAAAUCUGGUGGCACCUUUGAAGAAACUGAAGGCCCUGGCUCUACAUUACCAAGAGCACAAUCUUUGGGUGCUCAAGAUGCUCAACGCACCAAUGGAGAAUCUAGAACACUAACUGCUAAUCAAAGGAAGGAUGUUUCAACACAACUCCAGUCAGAUGCUCAAGAUCCAUUUCAGCAAUCAAAAUUAUCAGCUAUGGAUCAGAAAGGUUUGGGUUCAUUAUCAUCGCAGGAAAGAGAUGCAAAAGAUGCUCAGGCCACCAUGAGUGAAGAAAAGUCAGUCUCAACUGGGCAGCUUAGGGAUAUGAUCAAGCAAAGUGAAUCCACAACACCCAAGGCACAGCCUACUGAUUCCCAGGGCUCCAUUAAGGUGGAGAAAAUAUCCUCUAUUUACCAGAAGAAGCCUCUGGUUGCAUACGACAGCCAGGAGCAGGUUCAAAUCAUUCCUGAUGGUGAGAAAGCAGAUGGUUCUACAACAAAGCAUCAACAAACUUCUGAUGCUCCGUAUACUUUUGAUGAGAAAUUAAGUGCCACGACACCAGCCAGCGCAGAAGCUCGUGAUGACUUAAGUAAAGAAGAGCCAUAUAAAAAAGACACUACCGAUGACCAGAAAGUGGUGCCACCUCUAUUGAGCAAAGAACCAACUUCCCAAGUCCAACCUCCUUCUGAAUCAUUACAAGAAGAAGCUCCCCAUGGAAGUUUAUCUACCAAACCAUCCACCAUUUAUCAAUGGCAGCGUGCAUCUGUGCCAUUACAUGAUGUAACUACUAGUUCUGGUGAUGACGAGAAUGGCAUGGCUACCAUUGAUCAGAAGCUAACACCAAUGAGUCAACGAGGAACUCUCGGUGCUGAGGGUGCCAAUAAGAUCGUCAAAGACUCUGCUGAGCAAAGAGUGGAACCACCCGUACCAAUAGAAACAGAAACAUCUGGUGCUCAACGUGCUUCACCAUCACUCCCAGGAGCUUCCAUAGCUGAUGAUGCCACUAUUGACAAUAAGUUUGCUAAGCAGUCGAUUAUUGAUGAAAGAGUUGCAGUACCAAUACAAAUGCAAGCACCAAGUCCAGAUGCUCGUCCUGCUUCAGCACCUCCCAAGAGAGCAACUCCUGAUGGUCAUGAAAUUGGUGAUUUAGAGCAUGUAAGCACACCUGAUGGCCAAAUAUCAGAGGCCGCAAAAGCUAGACAUGAUCCAGCCACAGUCCAUGAAGACGUUCAUGAUGCCAAUUUGUCAACUCAUGAUGUGGCUAAAGAUACCUUUAAAGAAACAAAGGUUGCUGACUCUACACCAUCUAGUGCAAAACCUAUGUACACUGAACGACCUGCUCUUACUCCAUCAAGGCAUACAUCAGCUGAAGAUGCUCGUGAUGCAACUGGUGAUACAAUACGGUCUCCAGAUAUUCUUGACACUUCCAAGAAUUCUAGAGGCACCUUUGAAGAAGCUGAAGGCCCUGGCUCUACAUUACCCAAAGCAAAAUCUUUGGGUGCUCAAGAUGCAGCUAUCAAUAGGACAGGUUCGGGUUCAUUAUCAUCAGAGGGAAAAGAUGCUGAAGCCACCAUGACUGAAGAAAAAUCAUUCUCAACAGAGCAGCUUGGGGAGACGCUCAAGAAAAGUGAAUCCACAACACCAAAGGCACAGCCUACUGAUUUUCAGGGUUCCAUUAAGGAGGAGAAAACAUCCUCUAUUUACCAGAAGAAGCCUCUGGUUACACAAGACAGCCAGGAGCAAGCUCAAACCAUCCCAGCUGGUGAGAAAGAAGAUGGUUCUACACCAAAGCAUCAGCAAGCUUCUGAUGCUCCAUACACCUUCCAUGAGAAAUUAAGUGCUUCAGCACCAGCCAGAGCAAAAACUCAGGAUGACCACAGUGCAGAAGAGCCAUAUAGAAAAGACACUACCAAUGACCAGAAAGCGGCACCACCUCUAUUGAGCAAAGAACCAACUUUCCAAGUCCAACCUCCCUCUGAACCAUCACAAGAUGCAGCUCCCGAUGGAGAUUUGUCUAGCAAACUAUCCACCAUUCAUCAAUGGCAACGUGCAUCUACGCCAUUACAUGAUGUAACUACUAGUUCUGGUGAUGACGAGAAUGGUAUGCCCAUUGAUCAGAAGCUAACACCAAUGAGUCAACGAGGAACUCUCAAUGCUGAGGGUGCAAAUCAAAUCGACAAAAGCUCUGCUGUGCAAAGAGUGGAACCACCCAUACCAAUAGAAACAGAAACAUCUGGUGCUCAACGUGCUUCACCAUCACUCCCAGGAGCUUCCAUAGCUGAUGAUGCCACUAUUGACGAUAAGUUUGCUAAGCAGUCGAUUAUUGAUGAAAGAGUUGCAGAACCAAUACAAAUGCAAGCACCAAGACCAGAUGCCCGUCCUGCUUCAGCACCUCCCGAGAGAGCAACUCCUGAUGGUCAUGAAAUUGGUGAUUUAGAGCAUGUAAGCACACCUGAUGGCCAAAUAUCAGAGGCCGCAAAAGCUAGACAUGAUCCAGCCACAGUCCAUGAAGAUGUUCAUGAUGCCAAUUUGUCAACUCAUGAUGUGGCUAAAGAUACCUUUAAAGAAACAAAGGUUGCUGACUCUACACCAUCUAGUGCAAAACCUAUGCACACUCAACAACCUGCUCUUACUCCAUCAAGGCAUGAAGAAGUUGAAGAUGAUAGGGACAAACGCAGGAAAAGUAGCGAAACUAUUGUUGAACGACAAAACAUGGUGGAAAGAAAGACUGGUACAUCUGGAAAGCAAUCUUCAGAUCGUCUGAAAGCAAUUUCUCCAUCAAGACAGGCAGCAGCUGAAGAUGCUCGUGAUGCAACUGGUGAUACAAUACAGUCUCCAGAUAUUCUUGACACUUCCAAGAAUUCUAGAGGCACCUUUGAAGAAGCUAAAGGCCCUGGCUCUACAUUACCCAAAGCACAAUCUUUGGGUGCUCAAGAUGCUCAACGCACCAAUGUUGAAUCUACAACGCCAACUGCUGACCAAAGGAAGGACGUUUCAACAAAACCCCAGUCAAAUGUUCAAGAUGUGUUUCAGCAAUCCAAAUUAUCAGAUACCGAUCAGAAAGGUUUGGGUUCAUUGUCAUCAGAUGGAAAAGAUGUUGAAGCCAUCAUGACCGAAGAAAAAUCAUUAUCAACAGAGCGUCUUAGGGAGAUGCCCAAGGAAAUUGAAUCUACAACACCCAAGGCACAGCCUACUGAUUCUCAGGGCUCCAUUACGAAGGCGAAUACACCCUCUGUUUACCAGAAGAGGCCUCUUGCUACACAAGACAGUGGGGAGCAAGCUCACAUCAUCCCAGCUGGAGCAGAUGGUUCUACACUAAAACAUCAACAAGCUUCUGAUGCUCCAUAUACUUUUGAUGAGAAAUUAAGUGCUUCGGCACCAGCCAGAGCAGAUAUUCGUGAUGACGACAGUGCAGAAGAGCCAUAUAAAAAAGACACUACAGAUGAUCAGAAAGUGACACCACCUCUUUUGAGCAAAGAACCAACUUCCCAAGUCCAACCUCCCUCUGAACCAUCACAAGAUGCAGCUCUCCAUGGAGAUUUGUCUAGCAAACCAUCUACCAUUGAUCAAUGGCAAUAUGCAUCUGCUCCGUUACAUGGUGUAAGCACUAAUACUGGUGAUACUGAGAUGGCCAUGUCUUCUAACAUUGACCAAAAGCCAAUAUCGAUGGGUCAAGAAGCAACUCUCAGUUCACAGAGUGUCAAUCAGAUGGCCGAACAAUCUGGUGAGCAAAGAGUGGAGCCACCUGUACCAAUUGGAACAGAAACAUCUGAUCUUCGAAGUGCUGCACCAUCACUCCUAGAAGCUGCCAGAGCUGAUCAUGCCACUAUUGAUGAUAAGUUUGCCAAGCCGUCCAUUAUUGAUGAAAGGGUGGGAGAACCAAAACAAAUGCAAGCACUAAUUACAGAUGCUCAUCCUGCUUCAGCACCUACCAAAAGAAAAACUCCUGAUGGUCAUGAAACUGGUGAUUUAGAGCUUGCCAGCACAUCUGAAGGCCAAAGAUUAGAGGCCGCAAAAGGUACACAUGAUCCAGCCACAAUCCAUGAUGAUGCUCAUGAUGCCAAUUUUUCAACUCAUGAUGCGGCUAUCGAUGAAAAGACAGCAACAUAUCAUGCUAGUGGUGAUCAGCUCGUCACAGGAUCUUUACAUGAUCAACAGGCACGACCACCUGCAUCAACUCAAGCACAACCGACUGAGACUCCACAUUACGCUGCAUUAUCUCAGUAUGUGCAUACUGAUGCCUUGGACAAAACUGAAUUGGCAAAACCAACUGUAACUGAUCAAGAAGCCAAGGCACCUAUAGCUGGCCCAACAUCAACGGAGCCCCAAUUUGGUGGUACCUUACCAGCUGAAGUAGCCCAUGCUGAACAGAAACCCGCUCCAUCAGAUCAAGAAUCAGCUUGGGCUGCACAACCUCUUUCCCCUGUUGAACCAGCAAAGAUAGAUAGUAAUGUUUCUGCAGCUGAUUAUACUGAUGCACCGCAAAUAAUUUUUCGGCAACAAGCCAGACCAUCUGCACCAAGCACAGGAAGAGUUCCAGCCUUAGAUACCCAGGGUGUUAUAAGGAAAAUCCAGGAGGUAACUCCUGAUAACCAUCGUACUGAUGAUUCAGGAAAACCACUUGUUCCAAGUCAAGAACAAGUUUCACAAGCAUCACAAGCAAUCCCUGGUCGAGAAGACAUGACAUCUCCACCAGGCGCAAGAGAUUCUCCAACCUCAGAUACCCAACUUGCCUCGGGUGAAGUAGGUCCUGCUGAAAAGAAAAUUUCCCCAUCAGAUCAAGAUUUAGCUCAUUCUGCAGAACAGCCUUCCUCUGGUGAACCAAGGAAAGAGCAAACUGUUGUUCCCACCUCUGAACAGACCAAGGCACGGCCAACGGUCAUUGGUCAACAAGACACGCAAGACAUUAGAGAGGCUCUGACGUCAGAAGAUGCGCGUGAUACUAUACCUACUGAAGCACCACCACCUCGUGUGGCUCAUAACUCUUUACACACUGGAGAUAUACCUGCUGAUUCCUUCAGAAAUGCUCAGCCAAUGAAACCAUCAACUCCAGAUGCCCAUGGUGUUACACAUGGUAAUACACCUGGUGAAGUAGCCCUUGCUGAGUGGAAAUCCGCCCCAUCAGGUCAAGAUUCUGCUGAUCCUGCACAACCACCUUCCUCUCAUGGUCCAAGGAACGAUGAGAUUAGAGAUUCAGCUCCUUCGGCCCAAUUAAUUUCAUCUACUGAGCCAAGGAAAGGAAAUGCUAUUGUUGCUCCACCUGAUCAAGUCAAGGACUUGCAAACAACUGGUCAACAAGACAUAUUGUCCGCCCAGCGUCCUUCAGGAAAAGCUCAGGAAGAUGUACCUGCUGAUGACUCAGGCAAAGCAAAGCCUUCCAAACCACCCUCUGUCGUUCGAGAAGGAAACCCCCCUACAGCGGUCCCAGCAUCAGCUCCAGACAUACAACUUGGUAGUGCAUCAAAUGAAGUAGCACUUGAUGAACAAAAGCUUGCUCCGUCAGAUCAAGUAUCUGCUUAUCCUUCACAAGCACCUUCCUCUGCCGAGCCAAGGAGCAAAGAGAUUAGAGAUUUAGCUCCUUCGACACUACUAAAUUCCACUACUGAGCCGAUAAAUGGAGAUGCUAUUGUUGCUUCACCUGAUCAAGUCAAGGACUCCCAACCGACUCCUGGGCGACAAGACACAUUAUCCACACCAUUAAGAUCAGUAUCUCCAUCCUCUUAUAUCCAGCUUCCUUCAGGGAAGUUUCAGGAAGAUGAACCUGCUGAUGACUCUGGUGAAGCUAAGCCUUCCAAACCACCCUCUAUUGUUCAAGGAGGCAGGCCCGCUGCAGCAGUCCAAGUAUCAGCUCCAGACACACAACAUGGUGUUGCACCAGAUCAAGUAGCCUAUGAUGAACAAAAGUUUGCUCCGUCAGUCCGCCUUCAAAUUGUAGGUACACAUUCAGUCCAGCCUCCAAGACAAGAUUCCAUGGCACCUAUGGUGGACCAAGCAUCUGCUCCAGACACCCAGCGUGGUAUCCCACAAGGCGAAGCUGCCCCAGCUGAACAGAAAUUUGUAGUUUCUGAUCAAGAGUCGCCACAUGCAUCGGAAUCGCCUCCCUCUGCUGAACCAAGGACAGAACAGACAGAUGCUGCUGCAGAUGAUCAACCGAAUGUACCACAAGGUCCACAAACAACCAUUGGCCAUCAAGUCAAGGCACCGGAACCAGAUGCAAGAGAUGCACUGCGGAAAGAUCAGCAACCCUCUCGUGAUGAUGAUCAUAUCAACAAUUUAGCGGACACACCUAUUGCCAGCCAAGAACAAACCUCUCCUGCUGGACAUGCUUCUGAACUACGUGAAGGACCUACCCCAGAAAUGCGUAGUGCUGCUGUUGAAAAGAAGACGCCACUUCCGUCAAGCCGAGCACAAACUUCAGACACUGGGCCUGAUUCAACACCGAUCAGUGGUGAUGUGUCGGACACAAGUUACUUACAGAAUCAAGAGACACAACCUCCUGUAGGAACUCAAGAACCAACAACCCAGGCUCUACAAGGCUCUGCAUCCACCCAGAAUAUUUCCCUAGGAAAAAUAAACGAGUCACCAAUGCAACCCUCAACUGAUCAAGUCAAGGCAAGCUCAGCAGUACCUUCAGAUGCUCCACAAGGUACUGAACCAGGUGCAAAUUCAGUCCAGCCUCCGCAACAAGCUUCCAUGGCACCUAUGGUGGACCAAGCAUCUGCCCCAGACACCCAGCGUGGUAUCCCACAAGGCGAAGUUACCCCAGUUGAACAAAAAUUUGCAGUUUCUGAUCAAGAGUCGCCACAUGCAUCGGAAUCGCCUCCCUCUGCUGAACCAAGGACAGAACAGACAGAUGCUGCUGCAGAUGAUCAACCGAAUGUACCACAAGGUCCACAAACAACCAUUGGCCAUCAAGUCAAGGCACCGGAACCAGAUGCAAGAGAUGCACUGCGAAAAGAUCAGCAACCCUCUCGUGAUGAUGAUCAUAUCAACAAUUUAGCGGACACACCUAUUGCCAGCCAAGAACAAACCUCUCCUGCUGGACAUGCUUCUGAACUACGUGAAGGACCUACCCCAGAAAUGCGUAGUGCUGCUGUUGAAAAGAAGACGCCACUUCCGUCAAGCCGAGCACAAACUUCAGACACUGGGCCUGAUUCAACACCGAUCAGUGGUGAUGUGCCGGACACAAAUUACUUACAGAAUCAAGAGGCACAACCUCCUGUAGGAACUCAAGAACCAACAACCCAGGCUCUACAAGGCUCUGCAUCUGCCCAGAAUAUUUCCCUAGGAAAAAUAAACGAGUCACCAAUACAACCCUCAACUGAUCAAGUCAAGGCAAGCUCAGCAGCACCUUCAAAUGCUCCACAAGGUACAAAUUCAGUCCAGCCUCCACAAGAAUCUUCCUUCGAUUUUUCAAGUGAUGAGAAAACUACUAUGACCCAAGGUGAUCCGGUCAACACCCUACUUAAUGAUGCUCUCUCAACCAGUGAAGCGGUUGGGCAAUCUGCGAGCGGAGUCUCUAAAGGAAUAAACUUCCAAAAGAACCUUGAAGGAGCAUCAACUGAUGAAAAAUUCAAGGCGCAACAGCAAAUUGACCAGUCCGACGCUCAAUCAUCUAAAGAGAAAAACAAAGAAGUGAAUGGAACAGUAAGAUCUAACAUAUUGACAACAUUUGGGGAACGUGAAGAACCUGAGCACCAACAACUGGCCGACCAAGCUAUUGUUCAAUCACUACAGGGCAACAACAAGCAAGUUGAAGAAACUAAAGCACAGGACACUGGAACUGAUAAGCCUGAAGAAAGGGAGGGCCCAGAAAAUACUAAUGUUAAAAACAGACUAUCUGAAGUUGAAGCAUUGGAUCAUUCUGGAAAACAAGCUUCAGGAGUUCAGCUGCUAGGUGAGAACCCCAAAGAUGUGUCCAACUCAACUGAGGACACGCCAGGUGAUACCCAAAAGCAUAAUAAAUCCAAGGACAACUUAAGAUCUUCUGAAGAAUCCAAGGUGCAGCUACAGACUGAAGGCAAGACUCAAGGUGGUGAAACUGAGCAACCUAAAGAAGGAGGCCUUCCAGAAAAUAGUUACCAGAAUAACAGUAGCCAAUCUCAGGCAGAAGCUUCAGAUAAAUCUAUCGAACAAUCUCCUCCUGGUGUUCAGAACAAGAACAAAACCUCCAGCAGAUUGGAUGGCCCAACCAAUGCCACCAAGUCCGGCGAUAUGGAAGAUGACUCCCAGUGAAUCGCAGUGGGGGCAUUGUCCGUCAACCAACACGUUACGUCGGAAUGCACAACUGAAUAAAUGCCAAGUAAGAACAGGCCUUUUUGUGAAUUCAUGUCUUUUGUAAUUUAUAUUUUUACUGCUUAUAUGUUGUGAUCCAAUAAGGUCAACUCUCCUGCCAUCCUUGGAUGAUGUCAUUGUCUUCUACUUUACAUGUGUGUUCUUGUGGUGGACACAGUGAUUUGCCUUCCUGUGGAAAUACUUUUUCCCAUGAUUUUUGAAUAAUAAGAAUGCAACGAUGUAUUUUGUUUUAAUAAGCAGGUUUGUUUUGAACAAUACGAUAAGCAGCCGGUGCAUUAAGUUGCUGAGAAUUGAAAAGAGUUUGUUCAGGCUAGAUGCUAGGUUAGAAUUCUGCAUCAGAUGACUCUUCGUUUGGUGGU